AUGGAUUUCUUGGACAAACAAAAAUCCCAGCACAGUAAUUUAAAUGAUAAACAAGUUCAAUUUAGAUCAAAGGCCGUUGUUAUGAUUUCAAAUGUUCAAACACCCAAUUUUAUUCGUCAUAAGAUUAACACUGAUCUAAAAUUGAAACCACAAAUUUUUUUAAGUAACGUGGCGGAAUCAUUGGGUGUGCGUUACACUGCAGGCAAUUCUCGUGGUUUUUCUAGUUUUCAAAUGGCUAAUAUGUUUCUCGAAUGCAUUGGCAAAGAGGACAUCGUUUCAAAUGCAGAAAAUAUCAAGAAUCUGUGCAAAAUACCAUACAAUAAGAAAUCUGUUAGCAUUAUGGUACACAGAAUUGAUAAGACAUUACUAUUAGAUGAAUUUGAUGUUGAGGAACACUUGACACAGGAUACAUCUGAGAAAUGGGCAUGGCUUAAAAAAUUCUUUUAUAAAAAUAUUGUAAAAUCAUCUAAUAAUAAGGUGGAAUGUAUCACUUUUAAAAAGAAUAGUUCUAGAAAAAUUGAACAUAAAAAUUUGGUAACAAAAUUUUUGCACCAUAGCAUUGGAGGAUUAGAUUCCUAUAUUGGCCAAAUAAAUAAUGUUUAUAAUGAAACUUCUUCAUUAGCUUCUCCUUUACUAAAACAACUUAUGCCAGAGGAAGUAUUUCCACAACGUCCUCAAAUAAACCAAUUAUUUAACAGAAAUGUUUUAUGGGAUUUUAAUGACUUGAAAAUGUUCAUAGGUACAGAUUUACCUAUUUUCAGAAAUGACAAUAAUUCAUCUUUAAGCACAAGAUUGAGAAACAUGUCAAAACCUCUAAGUAUGUUAACCGCAAUUGAUUAUUGGCUGGAAAACUUAAUGAAUGAUAUCCCUGUAAUCGAAUUUUGCUAUCAUAUAAAUGGUAUUGUCCAAAAGUAUGAGGAAGUGAAGACAGAGAAUAUACCAUGUUUAAAUGGCUCGAAUUUUUCACCGAGUGCAAUUUAUGAUUAUAUGCAAUAUAUGAUAUCAUUUUUAAAAGAAAAUACUACUAUUGUUGGACAUACGUACUGGUUAUUUAAAGGUAAAGAUGAGGAUACGGUAAACCUUUAUGAUUUGACUACAUUAUAUACUGAAUCAUUAACUGAUAGCCCAAAUCCGUUUACAAUUCCAGUGACUUUAUUGUUAUAUCGUGUUGCUCAUAAAUUACUAAAACAUAACCCAGAAAGUCAAAAACCGAUUAACACUGUUAAAAUUAUACUUUUACUUAACAACAUUUUAAAAUUAUUAGAUAAAACUGAAUACCCUGAAAUUAUAGUAUUUGUCAAUUACAUGCUGUUAGAUAUCUACAAUAAAAUUAUAAUUACUGAAUUGAUAUCAAUGAGUUGGAUUGAUUCCCUUAAUGUUCAGAACAGUGAUUUGGAUAGUUUUAAUCUCACACAAUUACUCUAUGAAAAUGCAUCUAAAAUAUAUUUUAUUUUAGGCGAAAAAUGUUAUGCAUCCAAAAAUUAUGGAAUAUCGGUAAAUUAUAUUCGCCGAUCACUUGAAUGUAAAUUACGUGUUUCCAAUAAUAAGGUGUUUGAUUCAUUCGAGGAUAUGUUAGAACAUUGUGGCAAUUGCUUCUCAUCGAUUGUUAGUAGUUGGGAUAAUAUAGAACAGUACAUUAGCGAAAUUGAAUCUGAUGAAAUGUUUGAUUUUGAAUUAAGAGAAAUGUUGCUACACAAUAGUUCUGAAUACUGUAUUAACAAAAAUUUAAACAUUAUACCAGCAAAGAUCAUUAAAUCAAAAGAAAGUAUAUUGAGUUUAGCAGAGCACUGUUACUCACGUGCUUUAUUAUUAACAACAGAUAAAAAAAAUAUUUUUAAUAAACGAAUGGGAUUCGUUUACAAUGAAUAUACAACAUUUUAUAUGAAUGAAAUAAUAAUGGCCAUACAAACUAAUACUCCUUUAACUACCAUCAAGUUAAAAUGGCUAAUAAAAAAAUCAAAGCAUUAUUUUACACUGGGAAGUGAUAUAUUUAAAGACCAAGGCGAUUUGAUUAAUUUCACUAGGAUUGGUUUAAAUUUUGCAAAUUUGAACGUAAGCAUAUAUGCACAAAAUAAAUGUUCAAAAUAUCAGAAUUCCAUCAAUGAAUUUAUGAAAGAUGACAAUUUAUUGUUAAAGGUUGGUUUCCAUAUUUUUUUGAUUAAAUUUCAGUUGAUAAUAUAUAUAUUAUAUUGCAUUAAAUUUAAGGCCAUAAAAGUCUACGAGAAAAUUUUAUUAGAAUUUAAUAAUGACCGUAGUUAUAAUCCAAGUCUUUGGGACGAUGUUAACUAUGAAUUAUUUUCAAUUCUGUACUAUUUAUCAAUUCAAAAGUAUUCAGAAUUACAGCCAGACAGUACAAGAAGCCAACAAAAAUGUAUAAUUGAUUCAUUCAAUAAAGCUUUGUCUUAUUGUGAUUUGAAAAACGAUACACCCAAUAGAUUUCAGUAUGAGUAUCGAUCAGCAUAUAUUCACUCAAAUCUGGCAUCUUUGUUUUCUAAUCGUUUAGAAGAAUAUAUUUCCAACAAGUCUCCAGAAAUUGGUUCUGUUUUGCUUCAGAUUGAAUUAUACUAUAAUAUUUCAUAUGAAACUUAUUUGAAGAUAAAUUGCACAUUUGAUUGUCUUAAUGUUCUCAUAGAAAUGAUAAAACUAGACAUGGGUUUUAUUGAUGGCAAAAUAGGUAUGUAAUAUACACAGCAUGAAGAAAAACAUGUCAAGUCUAUUAUAAAAAAAUUGAGAAAAUAUGAUACUGUGUUUCAAAUGUUUUUGGAAAAUAAGGACUAUGAUUUGAACUUUGAAAUGAUAAAAUUAAAUUUUUUAAAAAUUCUACAUCAAAAUGUUUGUUAUCUUUUGAAAUGUAUGAUCAAAUUGGGCUUGACUAAAACGUCCAAAUGGCUGUCUGACAAUGUAGAUCAACUGAAAAGCAUUUAUAAAGAAUUAUUAAGAAACAUUACUGGUGAUAAUAAUUAUUUACAACUUAAGAUAGCUAUAAAUCAAUUAUCUAGUUUUAGUGAUAAUUAAGAAAUGAAUUUAUACACUAAGAGUAAUUAUGUAUUGUAAAGAA